CACAGCUAAGGCCCCUCUUUCAGUAUUUAAGGCCAUGUGAAAAACUGAAGCUGUUUUCUUGAUCUUCUUCUUCUUCUUCUUCAUUUUUUCCGAUUUUUUUGCUAAAUUUUCUUCAACGCCAAGCAAGAAUUUUUCCAUAAAUAAGCUGGGAAACCUGAAAGAGACAAUAAAACCUGAGCAAAAAAGAACAAAAAUAUGUUCAGAUUGCACAAGCAGAAAUCUGAUAAAUCUGGUGAGAGAUUCGAUUUCAAGUUCUCUAGCUUACAAGCUCUUCAGGUUCCAAAAGGAUGGGACAAGCUUUUUGUGUCUAUUGUUUCUGUGGAUACUGGCAAAACUGUAAACAAGUCGGGCAAAGCAUCAGUGCGGAAUGGAAAUUGUCGAUGGACAGAGAGUUUCUCGGAGUCUAUUUGGAUUGCAGUAGGUGAUACUUCGAAAGUGAUUGAUGAAUGCUUAUAUAAGCUUGUUGUUUCCAUGGGAUCAUCUAGAUCCGGCUUCCUGGGAGAAGCAACAGUUAACCUUGCAAACUACAUAAGUUCAAAAAGUUCAAUUCCUCUUUCAUUACCGUUAAAGAAAUGUAAUCAUGGAACACUAUUACAGAUUAAAAUUCAGUGCUUGACACCAAGAGAAAAACGCAGGGAUGAGCAAUGGAAAGAUGCAGAUUCGUCAUAUUUGGAGGAUGCUUCUCUGGAAUAUGACUUGGAAACCAAAUCUGAUGCUUCUGAUGGUACAUUUACCAGGAGUGUUGGAUCUUCUUCUAGUAAUCAUCUAGAGGGUACCCUUCUUCCCGGAGAAUUGUCUAGCAGGGAACCAAGUUUGUCAGCAUCAGACUCGCGUAAUAGCUUUGACUCCUUGGAUGGUUCCUUUAGAGAAAAUUUCUCCCCUCAUAAUGGGGUUAUAAGCAAUCUAAUUGGAAGACAAGAUUCAACCGGUUCUCAAACUAGUUCUCCACGUGGACCGUAUUCUUUUAACAACACUUCCAGGUCAAGCCACUCCUCUGGUGCACCGAAGGUCUCCAGUUCUGGAAGUCAUCCUCAUAACCAAAGAGAAGAUGUGAAUCGAGCUUCACGUCUUGUUCCCUCUUCUCCACUACGUAAUGCUGGUUCAUCUAAAGAUCUCUUGGAAGCUGCAGAAACUACUAUUGGGGAGCUUCGAGCAGAAGCUAGGAUGUGGGAACAAAAUGCUCGAAAGUUGAUGAUAGAUUUGGAAAAUUCACAGAAGGAAUUUAUCGACCUUUCCAACCACCAAAAAAGUCUUGAGGCCGCACUUUCAACAUCCCGGGCAGAAUGUGAUUGCUUGAAGCAGGAGGUUAAACAAGUAAAGAUCCUGCUGGAGGAGUCACAAAUGAAACAGGCUGCUGCAAACAAUUUGAAGUUUCAGAAUAAAAAUACUGGUUCUGUUCAAAAGGAGUUGGAAGAUGAGAUACGAUUUCUGAGAGAGGAGAAUGCUGAUUUGGCCUCACAGUUGAAAAAAACCCAAGAAUCAAAUAUUGAGCUUGUUUCCAUUCUCCAGGAGCUGGAAGAAACAAUAGAAAAUCAGAAAGUAGAAAUUGAUAACCUUUCUGCAGCAAGAUCUGAAUGUGAAGAAUCACGAAAGGAUGACUUAGGUGAAAGUGAUCUUGUUGAACAACAAAAAGGAGAUUUGCAUGCAGAGAACAGAAAUCUAGAGGUCCAAUAUCAGCUGCUGCAGGAAUCACAUAGGAAAUUGGAAAGCUCUAUUCAGGUUCUGGAGAAAACUCUGGAAGAAAAUAAUAAUGAAAUGGAGACCGAACAAGCUUCAAGGAUUCGAUCACUUAUGGAUUGUGAAGCUGAAUGGAAAGGCAAAUUAGCUGAAAAGGAGCAAAAAAUCGUUAACUUGGAAAUGAAAUUGUCCGAAGCUCUUGAUGUCCAAGGUUUAAAGAAAAUGGGUUCUGAAGAAGAAGAUAAUUCUGAUGUAAUCAAAGAAAUUGAAGAUCUAAAACUGAAGGUGCAGGAACUCGAGAGAGAUUGCAACGAGCUUACUGAUGAAAAUCUGGAUCUUCAUUUUAAGCUCAAAGAAUCAAGCAAAGAUCAUAGUGCCAUCUUGAAUUCUCUUUCACCUGAUCAUCCAGGAAAGAAUUCUCUUUCUAGACAUGAACCGGAAGUACCUUCUACUGACCAUUUACAGAUUCAAUCUGUAGUUCUUGGAAAUAGAUGUGCUGACCUAGAGCAGCAAUUGGAAGCUUUCAAGGACAAAGCUUCUUAUCUUGAUGAUGAACUCUCCAAAUAUCGUUCCAGAUCAGAAGAACAGGAGAUCGAAAUCGACGAACUGCAACAGCAACUACAGCAUUACCAGCAGACAGAAAUUGAGAGUAAGGAGCAACCUACUACUCUUUCCUUUGAAGAACCCAGUAUUUCUGAAUCACCUGAUGCCAUUGAAGUCUCUACAUUGCUUACUGAGUUACAUGAACAGAUUCAACUCUCUUUAGCUGACUUGAAGCGGCAGUAUGCUCUUAAUUUACAUGCAAAUCCUGAUGGAACUGUUUCUGACAACUCAGAGAUUUUAAAAAGGAAAGAUUUGAUAAGUAAAAAACAGCAAGUUGAGAUUAUCUUGAACAAUUUUUUCCAGAUAAAACAAUUGUUCAGACAAAGUUCUAUUGGUGAAUAUGGUAAUGAGGCAAGUGGUCUAGGAAAUGAGUUGUCAGACAAGAUAUCUGAGAUAGAGAAACUUAAAUCCGACAAUUUGCUAAAGGACGAAGAGCUUGAGGCUUUAAGACAUCAUCAAAAGGAGUUAGAAGCUCAGGUUUCUUUUGUUGAGAAGGAGAAAAGCCAGUUGGAGGAAAACAUAGAAACCAUGCUCAGAGAAGCUGCUGUUACUGAAAAAUGCUUGGAAGAUUUACGUAGUGAAAUGAUGGUGCUUAAUAGCAAUAUGGAUUCCCAGAUUUCAGCCAACCAAGUUCUUGUAAAGAAAUCUACAGAGCUUGAAAUUGGUAAACAGGAACUCGAAGUUCAUUUGUCUGAACUAGAAGAAGAAAAUCUACAGUUAUCGGAACGGAUCUCUGGUUUGGAAGCACAAUUAAGGUAUCUGACUGAGGAGAGAGAGUCUCAUCGUCUGGAACUACAAAAUUCAGAAUCUCAAGCGAUGGAAUUUAAGGAAGAGAGAAAAAGACUGGAAAACGAAAUGGAGGCACAAAAGGCUGAUAUGAGACAGAAGAUGGAAGAGAUGCAAAAGCGGUGGUUAGAAGUUCAAGAAGAGUGUGAGUAUCUAAAAGUUGCUAACCCCAAACUACAAGCUAAUACUGAAAGUCUUAUUGAAGAAUGUAGUAUGCUUCAGAAAGCAAACGGAGAGUUACGGAAGCAAAAGACCGAGUUAAAUGAGCAUUGUUCAGUUUUGGAAGCAGAACUCAAGGAAUCUGAAAAAGUUUUUUCCAACAUGGCUAGCGAAGUUGAAGCUCUGGAAGAAAAGUAUUCCUCGAUGCUUGAAGAAAUAGCCUCGAAAGAGAAAGCCCUUAACUUCGAGCUAGAAGCACUUCUUCAAGAGAACAAGAGGCAGAAAGAAAAACUUGUUCUUGAAGAGAGCCAGUUAAAUCAGAAAUACUUGGAGAAGACAAUGGAAGUUGACAACCUCCAAAGAGAGGUUGCUUACCUCACUGAACAGAUAUCUGCUACCCAGGAUGAAAAGGAGAAAACAGCAUCAGAAGCUGUGCUUGAAGUUUCUCAUUUACGUGCAGAUAAAGUCAUGCUUGAAGCUUCUCUAGAAGAUCUUCAAGGGAAGCUUAAAAUAUCUGAGAGCAAACUCAAUGCCUUGCAGGUGGAAUCUGAAACCGAGACACAGGGACUUAUGGAAGAGUUAGCUGCUGCGAAGCAAAAACAGGAAAUUUUGAUGGCUGACCAUGAAAAAAUAUUAGAUUUGUUGGAAGAAGUCAAAUCCAAUGAAGAAAAACUGAAAGGCACUGUUAGAGGGCUUGAACUGAAACUCAAAGCUUCUGAGUACGAGAAUCAACAGUUGGCAGAAGAAAUUUCCAGCCUUAAAGUCCAGUUGCAGAGAACUGCGCUCCUUCAGGAUGAAAUUGUAGCUCUUAAAAAAACAAUCAGUGAGGCCAAGUUUGAAAAUGAAAGGCUCAAAUCUUCUUUCCAAAUGGUAUCCAGAGACUAUGAAGAACUUAAAGUUGAAAGAACCCAUUUAGUCCAGAAAGUCUCCAACAGUCAGCAAGCUGUUUCCGAAUUAGAUGGUUUGAAACGUAGGAAAGUUGCCCUUGAAGAAAAGGUCCUCCGGCUGCAGGGUGAUUUAACUGCAAGAGAAGCCUUGGGAACUCAGGAAGCUGCACUUAAAAAUGAGCUGGCCCAAUUUAGAAGAGAAAAUAACCAACUCCAGAGGAAGAUAAAGUACCUUGAGGAGGAGAAAGAAGAGUGCCUGAAGAAAGCUCAAGGUCUAGAAGAAGAACUGAAGCACAUAAAUCAGGAUCAAAGCAAGUUCCAGAAUAAUAACAUAGAAGAUGACAAUAACCAGCAACCAACUGAGAAGCUGUCGACUGACACGGACCAACUACAGCAUAUGGAUGAAAAUCACACACAGGUUAACAAUAAUCAAAACUGCAAUAAUGAGACUCCUCAAGUUUCAGGAGUCAUCGAUCUUUCGUCAAAAAUUCAGAAUCUUGAAAAUGAACUUGCAGAAGCUCAAGAAGCAAAUGAGAUGUACAAGGCCCAGCUUAAGAGUUUGUUAUCCAAAGAAGUACCCUUCAACCAAGCUGCUGCUUCGGAGAAGCUGACAGGUGAAGGAGCUGCAAGAAAAGAUGGAUGCAACUGCCAGACAUCAGCACUGGAGACGGAGCUGAAAGAUCUACGUGAACGGUACCUACACAUGAGCCUUAAAUAUGCAGAGGUAGAAGAUCAGCGGGAGCAACUCGUGAUGCAGCUUAGAACUGCUAGUGGUCGAAAGCGCUGGUUCUGACAGCUCUAGGAUAUGUUUGGUCGUAUUCUUUCUCCGGCUCCGGCUCCGGCUCCGGCCUCCGACACCGGACUUAUCAACUCCCACCAUGUAAUUUUUCGGAUGGUCCUGUGGAGAUCAUUCACUAAGCAAAACAGUGCAACAAAUUUAUUGGUCCUACAUCAGGGGGGUCUUUUUGAAAACUAAUUGUAAUAUACAGAGAUACGUAUAACAUAUACAAAUAACAUCAUU